AUGGCCUUCACCUACCGCCCAGAUCUCCUCGCCCCCUUCCUUGAGCUCCCCCAGGGCGAAAAGGUUCAGGCAGAAUAUGUCUGGAUUGAUGGCGAUGGCGGUCUCCGUUCGAAGACCACGACCGUCCAGAAGAAGGUGACCGAUAUCGGCCAACUUCGCGUCUGGGACUUCGACGGUUCCUCCACGAACCAAGCCCCCGGCCACGAUUCCGACAUCUACCUCCGCCCCGCUGCCAUCUUCAAGGACCCCUUCCGCAAGGGCGACAACAUCCUCGUCCUCGCAGAGUGCUACAACAACGACGGCACCCCCAACAUGACCAACUACCGUCACCACGCCAAGAAGACCAUGGACCUCGCGAAGGACGUCGUCCCCUGGUUCGGUAUCGAGCAGGAGUACACCCUCUUCGACGUUGACGGCACUCCCUUCGGUUGGCCCAAGGGUGGUUUCCCCGGCCCUCAAGGUCCUUACUACUGCGGUGCUGGAACUGGCAAGGUUUUCGGCCGUGACCUCAUCGAGGCUCACUACCGUGCCUGUCUCUACGCCGGCGUCAACAUCAGCGGUAUCAACGCGGAAGUCAUGCCCUCUCAGUGGGAGUUCCAGGUCGGUCCUUGCGAGGGUAUCUCCAUGGGCGACCACCUCUGGAUGGCCCGCUACCUCCUCGUCCGCAUCGCCGAGCAGUGGGGUGUCAAGGUCUCCUUCCACCCCAAGCCCCUCCAGGGCGACUGGAACGGUGCCGGCUGCCACACCAACUACUCGACCAAGGAGAUGCGUGAGCCCGGAGGCAUGAAGGCCAUCGACGCUGCUAUCGAGAAGUUGUCGAAGAGGCAUAACGAGCACAUCGCCGUGUACGGAGAGGACAACGACCUCAGGUUGACCGGUCGCCAUGAGACUGGCCAUAUCGGCGCUUUCUCCUCUGGUGUGGCCAACCGUGGUGCGUCGAUCCGUAUCCCGAGGCACGUCGGUGCGCAGGGCUACGGAUACUUGGAGGACAGGCGUCCCGCUUCCAACAUCGACCCGUACCGUGUCACCGACAUCAUCGUCGAGACCACUAUCCUCGACCAGUAG